AUGCCCUUCAUUCGCAGCAGCAGCAGCAGCAGCAGCAGCAGCAGCAGCACUUUGCUGCUGCAGCAGAAGCAGCAGCAGCACUUCGCUGCCGCCGCCGCCGCAGCAGCAGCACCAGCAGCAGCAGCACCACCACCACCACCAGCAGCACCACCACCACCAGCAGCACCACCACCAGCAGCAGCAGCACCAGCAGCAGCACCACCAGCAGCAGCAGCAGGAGACUUACCCACAGCAGCAGCAGCACUGCCCCCAGCAGCAGCAGCAGCAGCAACAGCAGCAGCAGCAGAAGAAGAAGAAGAAGCAGAAGAUAUAUCUCUCCCUUUCGGUACCCCACCAAAUAAACAAUAA